UACUAUACACUGCUUCUGUGCUGCUGCUUGAAGGAACCGUUGACCUGAAUUGAGUUUUGUGAGAAGCGCCUAAACUGAUAUCUGCUGCUCGCUGUAUACCCAAAAUCACAUCACCGAACUGAGUUGCAAAGCCAAUGGCUGCACAACGCCGUGCGACACACACGAAGUUGUAAAUGUGCAUGUGCCGCGGCCUCUGCCGCCGCGCUGAUACUUGCACGUCCAUCAUGACGCCAUACCUAGUAUGCCUCCUGAUUCUAGGACUUCUAGCAACCGCGGCAUCUGGCAGCGACUCGGCGAGCUGUGUGGAGUGCCACCAGGGCUCAGCCGCUGCUGGGCAAGCGUCUCUCGACACCGCCUCGCUGGUCGGCGAUGCCCCGGCGCUCGAUGCCAGCAGAUUCGUCGUCACGGCACUGGAUCCGGUGGCUAGUCGCCGCCAGCUUCUGCAGGCCCACAGCCGGGAGGCGCUAGUGAAGGUUCGCACGCUGCUGUCGGAGCAGUUGAAGAUGCCGGCGGUGGACAGCGCUAGCAUGCGGCGGCGGCGCCUGCUCAGCCCAGCCAAGCCCGUGUACUCUACACAAUGCCUCUACGAAGAGCCCCCGCCUCCUGAGGACUCAGGGGACGCAGCAGGGGACGCACCGCCACCGGACGCGCCGCCCAGCGCGCCCCCGCCCGACACACCCACCACCAGCACGGACAGUACCGGCAGUGCCGCAGCCACGGCCACCGUUCGCCGGAGCCUCCAGGACACCACGUCCCCGGACGCCCCACCCUCUCCCGACGCGCCUUUCUCCCCUCCCUCCCCGCCCACCGCCCCUGACUCCCCGCCCUCACCUCCGGAGACGCCCUCCUCUCCCCCCUCGCCGCCCUCCCCGCCCGCCCCGCCCCCGACGGGCCGCUGCUACUUGAACCCAGCCGUCAUGGCGCACCCGGACUUUCCAGAUGCGGAAAGCCCCACUGAGAUCAUGCUGAUGCGGACCGCGUUUUGGAGCUACCAGUGCAUGUUUGAGAACAAGAAGCGGAGGUGCGGCACGUACCUGCACCCGCCGUACGACUGCCGCUGGAACGAGUUGCAGGAGCGCUGCAUGGUGGGGCCCGACUUCCUCAUCCCGCGCUUUGUGGAGUUCCUGCACUGCCGCGACGACGCCACCAUCACGCCCUUCUGGCACCGCUGCUACAUGAUCCAAGUGUUGACCGAGGACAGCAGCAACUGCGGCCAGCCGGACGGCGACUGGGCGCGCUGCUGGUUCUUCCCGGCGCGCGAUGACGUGGAGGGGGAGGUGGACACGUGCGGGCCGGACGAGGCGGGCGGCGUGCCGGACCGUGACACGUACGACAGUCUGGUGGCCAGCAUGCGGAACGGCACCUGGGAGCGCGACUGGUACGGCGAGUGCCCAACCGCCGACCUGGUCUACACGCUGGCCUCCGCCUGCCCCUACCCGGCCGGCGACCAAGGCGACGCCGACUGCGCCGCCGACCCCUCCUGCGUGCUGACGCCCUCGCGCCCCACCGAGUACGGCAGGUGCCGCCUCAAGGACGAUCUGCUGUGGGACGCCAUCUUCGGCGCGGGCUCGGAGCUGUUCAACAUGACUAACGCCGCCAUGGCCGAGUGCGCCGCCGCCUCGGGCAGCUAUGACGCCUGCAUGGCAGCAGGCAGCCUGGCACCGGAGCCCGGCGCGGCGGUGCCCAUCGACGACUCAAAGUUCCCGGAUCCCAACCUGACCUUCAUUGAGGAGAUCACGGACGGCGCCGCGGGUCCCGGGCUGAGGGCGGGUGGGCUGCUGCUGGCGGUGCUGCUGGCGGCGUCGCUGGCGCUGAUGCAGGGGGUGCUUAUUGGGGAUGGCUGGGCAAGGUGAUGGGAAGGGGAAGGGGAAGGCCCCCC